GCUGGCAGGGGGCUAAAGGGAUGGACAGCUGGGGACACUGACGCUGUUACACAGAGAAGAAGGGACGGAGAGAAAAUACGACUAAAAACACCAGUAACAACAUCAAUGGAGGGAGGAAUGGUUUAAAAGUCAAGACUGAUGAAAACAGACCAUUUUGGGAUAUUGAAUUGAAGAAGAAAGAGCAAGAAGAUCCCCCCAUCUUGUGUUUCUCUGCUUGCGACCCUCCUCCCGUCAUCUUUGACUCUCUUCAAAUCGGUCCCGAAGGUGAUGAACUUUGCUCUCGGCUUCAAGCCUCCAUCAGCAGGCAGCUCGGGGCCCGGUGCUGGAAGGGGAGCCACCAUGGAGAACCUUGAGAAGCAGCUAAUCUGCCCGGUCUGCCUCGAAAUCUUCUCCAAACCCGUGGUCAUCCUGCCCUGCCAGCACAACCUCUGCCGCAAGUGUGCCAAUGACAUCUUCCAGUCAGCGAACCCUCUGUGGCAGUCCCGCGGCUCCUCCGGCAUCUCUGUGAGCGGCGGUCGCUUUCGCUGUCCGUCUUGCCGCCACGAGGUGGUGCUCGACCGCCAUGGAGUCUACGGUCUGCAGAGGAACCUGCUGGUGGAGAACAUCUUAGACCUGUACAGACAGCAUGAAUCAACCAGGCUUGUAGACAUGAAGCCCGAGCCGCAGCAGCAGCAGCAUCUGAUGUGUGACGACCACGAUGAAGAAAAGAUCAACAUCUACUGCCUGUCCUGUCAGACGCCGACCUGCUCCAUGUGCAAAGUGUUCGGCAAACACAAAGACUGUGAUGUGGCGCCACUCAGCAGCGUCUACAUCAGACAGAAGACUGAGCUGAGCGACGGCAUCGCAACCUUGGUUGCCACUAACGACCACAUCCAGGCGGUGAUCUCUCAGAUGGAGGAAAGCUGCCGCUCUAUAGAGGAGAACGGGAAACGAACCGGAGAAAAGCUGGCCGACAGUUUCGACACCCUGGUCGCCAUCUUGGAGGAGCGUAAACAGGAGCUGGUGGGGCUCAUCGCCAAACAACAGGACGACAAACUCAAACACGUCCGCUGUCUCAUACGUCAGCACCACGACGACCUGGAGGGCGCCGUGACGCUGGUGGAGUCGGCCAUUCAGCUGAUGGAGGAGCCUCACAUGCCGCUGUUUAUUCAGAGUGCCAAAGUCAUUCUGGAGAAAAUGACAGAGACGGCCCGGGCCUCUGACAUUGAGCGUCCUGAGCUUGGCUUUGAGAGCAUGAGCCACUUCUCUAUCGACACCGACGACCUCGCCGUCAUGCUGAUGAACAUUGACUUCUGCUCUGGUGUUGGAGAUGAUGGAGAAGAGGAUCUUGAAGAAGGGGAAGAGGAGUCAGAACUUGAAUUGAGAUAUUAAAAUCCAAAUCAAGGUCCUCGCUGCAGUCCUGAGGAAAUGUAAAAACAGGCUCUGGAAAUAGAGGUUUUUUCUCCAUAAUCCUCCGGAAGUAAUCCACACACUGUUGUUGGAGUGAAUUCACCCGCUGUGGACGUGAAACAACAAUGAAAACAUGGUAGAAAAAAAACACAAACAAAAACCCUCUACAUACAUUUUCCACCUUUGGUUUCCUCCUACAGCAGAAAAACAAACUCAAUCAGAUUUUAGCCGUUUGUUCGGUAAAAAAGCCAAAUGCAUUGUGUGUAAAUAUGUCUCUAAAUGUAUGGCUCACAGGAAAUGUAAACAGUGGAUUUAUCCCAGUUUGUCUUUUCUUUUCUUCUGGAUUUAAAGCCCUUAUAUAGAUCUCUUACAGGCUUUCAGCACCUUUUUUCUUUUUGCAGUCUGUCAGUUUUAAAGUUAAUAAGUGGUGAUGUUAUGUAAAUUAAAAUAACAGAGUGUGAGGAUUAAAGCCAAUAAAAUAGAAAUGGUCUCUUUUAUAACAGUGUAUGUUUGUAGCAUCAAACCCUCAGUUAAAUCAUUUCGUUUAGCAAACUAGACGUAAAUACUUCAAAUCCAAGAACAGCUCCUUUUUCUUUUUUAAAUACCUAAAUGCAGCAGAAUGACAAAGCCAGUAGGCAUGAUGUAAAACUGAACCAGUGGGAAGAUAAGCUUAUUAUUGUAGUACUGCAUGUGAUUUGCUUUUUUUUUUUUUUUUUAGGGAGGGUUACUCUAAUACUGCCAGAGGCGUUUUGGAUUUGUGCAUGUAUGAUCAAGAGAAUAAGCUGUCCAUAUGCACAUUUCUGAAUCGCCACUGUUUUCAGUUCCUUUAGAUUUGGACAAAAUUUAGGUUGCUGCGUUUCAUCUUUUUUUGCCAACACCCCCCCUCCCC